AUGGUUCGCUAUCUUGUCCCUAAGAAAGGUGUUCCUGUGCUGGCGAGCGCCAGAGUGGAUGGUGCUGCACAAUCAUGCUGUGUUUUAGUUGCAAAGUACUGCGAUGCACCAUUGCAGAUCAGCUUCUAUCUCCAAUACACUAAUUUCAUUCAUGGCUUUGAUGAUCCGCAGACCUUCACCUUGAUUUAUGAUGCUGAUGACCUGAUACACGACGCAACAACGCUGAAGACUGCGACCACGCCUCUCGCGCAGCACCAGCUGGCCUCGAUUGCGCGCGCCGGAAACCCACAAAUCAGAGUCUUAACUCUCACACUCGCGAAGCCCUGCCGAAUCCGGUGUCCUCCUUCGGCUAGUACUGGUAUCUUGGCGGCGAAGAGUGGCUUCGAAGCUCCUUUCCACCAGCUGGUCAAGCUCGCCGAAGCGACAGAGAUACAUAUCCUGCUCGACUACAAUUGGGUACAUGCAGACAACCGUGAACCGCUCGAGCGAUUUUUCACGCAACCAAACUUGUUCACCGGCUUUCCAGACGGCAAUGACAGAUUCAGAUAUGUAGAUUGGACGGAUUUCAAUACCAUUGAAGAACAAGAUGCGCCUCCGCCUUCGUACGCAAAGGCCGUGGACGCUGAUGCAUCGCGAAAGCGGUCCAGGCAUGCCGCCACACGCUCCUUGUCUACGUCUCCGGCUUCGAAACGUCACCAGUACGACCCCGGCUCGCCGACCGAAAUCGCAACUGCGACGCCCAGCCCUCGUCCCUCUCACAUAUCCGUUGACUCACCAAAGGAAAAGACAGCUGUGUCAUCCAGCUACCCACAAAUAUCCCUGGAGGUUACUGCCGCGCUUGCAUUGCAGGACGCAAUAAGUAGGGCGGUCGAGGCUCAGCUUCCUGCACUCGUCGAGGGCAUGCUACCUGGCAUCCUUAAGAACAUCCUACCAGAUGUCCUUCACAACUGUAUCGCCCCUCGAAGAUCCCCAUCGCUUUCGCCUCCGCCAAUAACAACCCCAUCUUCCCAUCCUGCCCCUACCUCACUUGGCAACCUCAUCACCGACCGUUUGACGGAGCUAGCCAAGCAACACCUCGCGACUAUUUUCGAUGAGGCAAACGACCAGGCCUACAGCCUCCGGAAUCAAGCUGACGGUGACUUUGAAGACGUCAUUGCCGACCACAAAAUCAACGUCGAUACUAUCAAGGAGGAUUGCAUCCGCGAAUUGGGCGAAGUGGUCGACGACAAACUAUACAAGUUCAAGGAGCAGACGGACGACAUCGUCGCAACUGCCGUGGAUGAGAUGGAGAGCAAAAGCAGUGAGCUGGGUGAGAGGAUGUACGAUGGGCUGGAAACCUUUCUCAACGUCGCUUCCACUACCCUCAAACAGGUUAGGAAAGGUCAAUAUUCCGGAACACGGCGUGUCGAACAGUUGAAGCCAGAUACAACCACCAUAUAG